AUGGGUCUGCAGCAGGUCCUUGUUUCAAGCUCGGUGAGCGGGCUUCUGGUAGGAUCGAUCUGCACACCUUUCGACGUGGUGAAAAAUUUUUGGCAGUUCAACCCCGCCUGCGAGGCGAAUCGGGCGAAUUUAACAUCCUCCCAUGUUGUUCGUCUGCUGUACAGACAACAGGGCCUAGCCGGCUUUUGGCGAGGCGUUAUUCCAGCGUAUGCGACAAUUAUUCCGGCAAACGUGACCUUCUUUUUCGCAUAUGAGCGCCGCCGCCCGGACGAAAGCCCAGCAUGGGCGGGUAUCAAGGCCCGUGCAGCAGCAGUCGUUGUAACUGCGCCAAUGGAGCUAAUUAGGACGAGAAUGCAAGCCUCAAUAGGUAUCCCCGGGCAGUGUCGGACCAUUCGUCAGGUCCUUGCUCAGCUGGUCCAGCUGGGAGGAGUUUCCAGCCUUUGGAAGGGCGUUCUCCCGACGCUCGUCCGAGAUUUACCUUUUUCGGCAAUCUAUUGGCAAACGGCGGAAUACAUGAAAGCCUGGGGCGACAGCAUAAUCGCUAGGAAUGAGCGAAAAAGAGUGCAACAGCCGUGUUCGCCGCCUGUGAGAACCGCAGACGGCAUGCCUGAGAAAAAGGGAGAAAGCAAUCUACAGCGGAAUACGGCUGGGAACUCCACAACCGUAAGUUCAGAAAAUGUGCCAAGGAUAGCGAGGCAGAGGGAUGACAAGUAUUUCUCCUCUCUUGACAGAACGGGCACCGCCUGCUCCGUGCCCGCCUCUUCAUCUGGAGCCUCGUCCUGCUGCUCGCAAUCGUCUUCCACUUCCUUGAGUGCGUCGCCUCUCAGCUUCUCCUCCUCUCUUUAUCAGUCGUUUGUGUUUCCUUUCUUCUCAGGCGCAGUUGCGUCAGCCAUUGCAUGUGUGGUAACGCACCCGUUCGAUGUUCUCAAGACAAAUGUCCAAGCGGGGUGCCAGCAAAUCGAGCCCCACGCCCGGAAGAUGGGCUACAUUCAUCUUGUGUCUCGGGGAUUCGUAGAUGUCGCCAGGACAGUGUAUGCACAGCAAGGUUUGCGAGGCUUUACUGUCGGCUUGACCCCCCGUCUUUUGAAGAUUGUCCCCUCGUGCGCAGUCCUGCUGGCAUCUUAUGAAGUCACAAAAUAUCUUUACAGUGAGUCUCUGCUUGACUCCAUGUGA